GAAACUAGAAACUGAAGCUGCAGAAUCUGUGCCUUGGGAGGAACAACAGGGUUGCCUAGGUGGCAAAGCUCUCUCAAAGUAAAAGUGUCCGUCACUUGCACCACGAACUUGCUUGAAGUUCACUUUCCAAGUCUAGUCUAUGCUAUUAAAAGGAUGAUGACAGCUGAGCAUCUGUGCAGGAGACACAUCAUGCCUACUUCUCAGCAAACGUCCGCUACAUUUUAAUGAGACAAGUUCCCCAUGUUGAUUUUAUUGGCUCUCAAGAACGACUUCCCCGUUUGGCAAGAAACAACUUCUCCAUUCUUAUUAAGAUGCCCAAGUGCCUGAGCAUUGUGUGUCUCCUGUUAGCGUCUUUUCAUUCAUGUCUACAGAACAAGCGGAGUCAUGAUGGUGAAAAAGGUACAUCUGAGACUGCCAUUUCUUGCUUGAAAGAUCUGCAUGAUCUAGAAAUCUACAGUGACUUCUCAGAAAUCGCCAUCGACAGCAAUGUGACACUGGGGUGCAGAUCAAAGAAGGGUUGCCUGCCAAUUAACUACACAUUAUAUUUAAACGCAAAGAAAAUUCAACAUAUCAUCCAAAGAAAGGCUGAAGAAAAGGCUGUGUUUAAUAUCGCUAUCAAUUCUAUUGGCGAUGUAGGUGAAUACAAAUGCAAAGCUGAAAACAAUGGAUCUAAGUACAGUCCUGGUUUCAACUUCACAUUGAGAGCAGAUGAGUCCAAGGAUGUUCUUCCUUGCUCGGAUCCUGCAAGCAGCCUUGAAAUCUCCAGCCCCGUUUCAGAAAUUGUACUAGGUGAGAAUGUAACACUGGAGUGCAAAUCAGUUGCCAAGUGUCUGCCAAUGUACUACUCACUGUUUCUUAAUAAACACAAAGAACGAUUUACUGCAGUCAAGAACAAAGAAGAAGAAAGGAUUGUGUUUAAUUUCACCAUCACGUCCAGCAGUCAACUGGGUGAAUACAAGUGCAGAACUCAAAGCAGGCUGAAAGAUCCAUCCACAAACAAAUAUAGCCGUGCCUUCAACUUUGUAUUAAAAGAAGCCCCAGAAGAGGAAAAGAACAAGUUGGUUGUGUACAUUGUUGCUCCUUUGCUCCUGCUGUUCUUGCUGGCAGUGAUCGCUGUAGCAAUUCCUCUGAUGAUUCUUCCUUGGUGUAAAGCGAAAAAUCAGAAGUCAGCAAGCACAUCCACACGGUUCAUUCCCGUUAGACGCGUCGACUCAGAAACAUGUCCAACUUAUGAUGUUGUAUAUGAAAAAGGAGAGGAAGUUGUGUAUUGCAACGUGAAAACUGAAACCAUGGAGAGAGAAUGCAGUAAAGGGACCCUCACUGAGGAUACUACAGUGAAUUAUGCUGAAAUCGUCAUCAGAAGAUAAACAAGGGUUUGUCUUUCCUCAUCCUUCAAAUUACCCUUUUGUUGGCUUUUGGAGUGUGCUCCAAGGUGAAGAGAGCAAUGCACCAGAAAUG